AUGCCUCCCCGGUUAAGAAUCGCCGCGCUGCCACACCAACUCCCUCGAUGCCAAUAUGAACUCCGAAUUGCCAGGAGCGCAAGCAGCGCUGCUCCGGCAAUCACGCCAGCUGCUUCCAUUGAGCAGAUGACACGCUCACCAGCUCCGAUCUCGAGAUCCCCUCCUACCCAACCGCCCUCGCACCGCAACCCUGAAUACCGCCGGUCGCAGCUCCUGCGGUCAUACACCUCCCUUCUCCGCACAUCUCCUCUCAUCGUGCUGUUCCAACACCACAACCUCAAGUCCAUGGAAUGGGCUGCCAUCCGUCGCGAACUAGCAAACGCCCUGAAGAAGGUCGACGACAAGAUCGCAGCUGAAGGCCGCACAGCUCCCGCAAUCGCUCCCUAUAUUAAGAUCCAGACCAUCCAAACCAGCAUCUUCGAGGUCGCCGUGCGUAUAGUCGAUUAUUUCAAGCCCAACAAUGCCUCGCUGGCCUCAGGACAGGCCCCAAGCGCAGUCGACCCCGUGACACAGACCUCCGCCGAGCUCCCCGCGGUCUCAGGCUCCAAGGAUGACCCUGCCCUGACACACGACUUGUCCCGUACUGCCCACGCUGCGGUCAAGGACACGAAGGGCAUGCACGAGCUCUCCCCCCUUCUCGUCGGUCCCAUUGCCAUUCUUUCAAUCCCCACCGUCUCGCCCGAGCACAUGAAGGCCGCCCUGUCCAUCCUCACCCCCAAGGAAGCCGGCUUCCCUGCCCCUACCCGCAAGGCCAACCCGGACUACCACGACCCCAUUGUCCAGAACGGUCUGCGCAAGAUUAACUUGCUGGCUGCCCGUGUGGACAACAAGGUCUUUGAUAUCGAUCAGACUAAGUGGGUUGGUAGCAUCGAGGGUGGUAUGGAUGGUCUCCGCUCCCAGCUUGUCACUGCUUUGCAGAGCAUGAGCUCCAGCGUGGCUACCACUCUGGAGGGAGCUGGAAAGAGCGUGUACUUUACCCUGGAGAGCCGACGCAGUGUUCUGGAAGACGAGCAGAAGGGACCAGAGGGUGACAAGAGCGAGUCAUCCUAA